AUGUUUCCUCCUUUUGACUACUUCACCUAUCGUCGAGUUCGGGAUCUGAAGAGAAAGGAACGGACCGCCCGUUUCGCAUCUCUCCCCCCAGACUAUCACACGGCCUUGUCGGCAACUGACCGGACAAUCAUCAACAAACCCAUCGAAGAGCUCGUCGAGUCAGUGCACAACUCCACGCUGUCGUCGACAGAUGUUCUCCGCACGUACGGCAAGGUCGCCAUCAAGGCGCAAGAACGCACAAACUGCGUGACGGAACUGCUGCUCCCCGAGGCCGAGACAUGGGUUCAGUCUGAAGUGAAUCUUGCCGGUCCGUUGGCGGGUAUCCCUGUCUCCUUGAAGGACUCGAUACAGGUCAAGGGGUUUGACACAUCUGUCGGGUAUGCCCGCAUGGCGGGGAAGCCAGCUCUCGACGAUGGACCGAUGGUAAAGUUGUUAAAGGAUGCUGGUGCCGUUCCCUAUGCCAAAACCGCCUUGCCUGUGACCCUUCUGUCCUUUGAAUCGUUCAAUGGCCUGUGGGGCCGAUGUUUGAACCCGCAUGUUCCUGCCUACUCGCCCGGCGGCUCGACUGGAGGAGAGGGUGCGCUACUCGCACUCGGCGGCCGCAUCGGUAUUGGUUCCGAUGUUGCAGGAUCUGUCCGUGUGCCCGCGGCCUGGAGUGGCAUCUACUCGCUGCGCUGCAGUACCGGCCGCUGGCCCAAGGCGGGUGUCAGCACGAGUAUGGCAGGACAGGAAGGCAUAGCCAGUGUCUUCAGCCCCAUGGCUCGCACCUUGAAUGAUCUCACCUAUUUCACGCGAGCGAUUGUCCGCAUGCAACCGUGGAAGUACGAUAACACUGUGCAUCCGAUUGCCUGGCGGGAUGCGGAGGAGAAUGAAGCACAGACCAAGAAGCUGCGCAUUGGACUGAUGUCCACCGAUGGAGUCGUCCCUCCCACCCCCGCGAUCGCUCGCGCUGUCGCCACCACUGUCGCAGCCCUCACAGCAGCCGGCCAUACCGUCUCCGAAAUCACUCCCCCAGCCACUGCUGACCCCUUCACCGGCCUGGACCUCGCCUCGCAGCUUCUCAACUCCGACGGCUGUACCACCUUCAACUCUCACCGCUACAGCUUCGAGCCCACCGACCCGGGUGCCGCACAACUCGCCCGCAUCGCCCGUCUCCCCCGCCCCCUUCGCUACCUCUACUACCUCUACGUGCGCUACAUCCGGCGCGAUUCCAAGUGGGCCGCGCUGAUCCGCAGCUUUAACCACAAGUCCGCCGCGGAGCAGUGGAAGCUCGUGGCGAAACGCGAGGCCUUCCGCGCCACCUGGCACUCCUGGUGGGACGCCGAGGCCCAGGGUUACGACUUCAUCCUGUGUCCCGUCAACGCCACCCCCGCGCUGCCGCACAAGGCUAUGCACGACGCCGUCUCCUCGUGUGGAUACACCUUCCUCUGGAACUUACUGGACUACUCGGCCGGCGUGCUGCCUGUGUCGCACGUGGAUGCUAAGAAGGAUGCACUGCCAGCGCCUUACAAGUCCGUCCUGAAGCAACUGGGCGCGAACCACGCGAUUGCGCGCGGCGCGUGGAAGCAUUACGACGCUGUGAAGAUGGCAGGGCUUCCCACCGCUGUGCAGGUUGUCGGAAGACGUUGGCAGGAGGAGAAGGUCCUGGGAUACAUGGCUGCUGUGGAAGAUGCGCUGGAGGAAUAUUAUGAUGCCGAGACGGGAGAGGGCGGGAAGUAUCAGCUGCUUGAGAUUUGA